AUGCGUAGCUCCCACCUACCCCGAGGGGUCCACCGGGAGCAUCGUAGUGCAAUAGUCCUCAGACUCCUUGAGGAAGAGCCAGGGCCUCCAGACGUCAAGAAAAAGGUCCACCGUGUUGUGCAAUGUAGAGGUCGGAUCCUCCAUACAGCAAACCUUGUUGACCUUGGAAUAGAUUCAGUGACAAUGAAAAAAACUAUGAACGCUUUCACUGAGAUAUUCUAUGCUUCAAUAUUUGGAUAUGAUGAGGGAAUUAUAUCCGAUGAUCGAGUGUUGGCUGCUGCUCUUUGGCGAAAUCUUUUCAAUAUACGCUGUGACGAUCCUCGUCAGUUAGAGCUGAUGGUGGAAUAUGUGCGCAAACAGAUGCAGUAUCUGGAUUCACAAAAUGGUGAAGAUCUGCUGUUAACUGGUGAAGUAACUUGGCGCCCUCUUGUGGAAAAUGAUCCUCAAAGUAUCUUGAAGCCAUCUUCUCCAACAUACAAUGAUGAGGGACUCUAGGAUUCUGUGACCCUGUAUGCCACAUUAUGAUAGGAAUUUAGUGGUGUGCUUAGCUCCAGGAGCCCUCAAAGGAGUAUUUUUUUGUUUGUGAGAUGAAACAAAAGCAGAAGAAACUAGUUUUUCUUAUGUUCUGA